AUGUCAGCAGCGCAAGCCACACCAAGACCGACGACGCUGAAUCUGUCGCUGGACAAGUCGCUUCCGCCAGCACCCACCGACCAGCUCGACGAGGAUCAGCUUGACACGUUGGCGACGUCGACAGAGGAUCCUCUGGUUCAGCUUCCAGACCGACCGGCUCUCCAGCGCCACUGGACCUCUGCCGCGCCGGAGGCCUCGACCGCAGCGGCCGCAUCGCUGCAGAGUUACUUGGAGAUCGAAUCGCCCGAGGUCGUCAAGCAAAACCUCACGCCGUCAUGGAGACCCCUCGACCUGUCUGCGGACCUGGCGGAUACGACCAUCGCCCUUGCCCCGACGGCUCGGCUUGGAAGGCAGGAGACCGUCAAGGCCGGGUCGUCGAACGACAUCGACCUGACCCCUUCUCAGCUCCACCGGAAGGCCGACAGCGCCGAUUCCAGCGGCCGCGACGGCACCGAUGCGGAUCACGCCACGCAUCGCGACAGCUUCUUCAGCGCGGCCGCUCACCCUUCGCCGGAGACGUUCUUUUCGCCAUGCAUGCCGCCUUCCGGCUCUCCGGACAUGGCUCGACGCUCCGCCUCCCAGAGCAGGUCCCGGUGCGGCAGUCGCGAGAGGAGCAGCACAGCUCGUGAGGCCGCUCAAGCGCCCUUGCACGGCCGUGUCAGGAACUUGUCGAUGCACAGCACGUUGCAGCACGACCUCGGCGCUGCCGCCGUCGGGAAUCCGUCGCCGGGAAGCAUUGGCUCGACCACCCUCUCUGCGUUGGAGCGGACCUCGGGCUACUUCUCACACCUACCCGAUCCUUCUAGCUUCCCGCUCCCGUCGUCCUCGAGGAUGGGCAGCUACGCCGAGCCAUCGCCCGGUGGUGCACGCCUGAGCCGCGGCGGCAGCAGAGGCAACAGCCACUAUUCCUCCGACAUGUCCGUGCGCAACUCGACCUCUACUCGCGGAUCCCUUUGGACGGAGCGCAGCCAGACCAGCUGCAACACCAGCCCCGGAGGGCCACACAGCAGCCUCGGCUUCGAGCCAUUUCCAAAGGACCACGGCGGCGCCGAUGAGCCGGCCGAAGAGACUGAAGAGAUCGACGAGCACUCGGUCGGCCUCGGCAUCACCUCGAAUGACGGGCUGGACGCGCUCAAGAACCGUCGCUCCGGUGCCUCUCCGGUCGUCCCAUCCAACUUCGGCGGCGAGGGCUCGCCCGCCUUGUCGGGACCCUUUUCUCACCAUCGAGCCCCCUCCUGGACCCGCAAGUCGGACCUGGCCGGCCUCGCCAUGCUCUCCCUCGAUGGCGGCGCCAACGCGCUGGAUGCGUACCGACCCGCGAUGGUGCGAACAACGAGCGAGCUCAGUCCCAAGGAGUUCCAGCGUAGCCGCCUCGCCGAGGACGGCACUCCGUUGCCGCCGCAUGUCCCGCUGCGCACGCAGUCACGGCAGCGAUGCUCGUCGGAGGCAUCACACGGCGUCCCGAGGACCCACGCCAAGAACUCGUCUUCGAUAUCGUCGACCUUUUCGUCCUACAGCGCGUCCUCUAGCCGCAUGAGCCCGAGCCUGCCCGUCUCGACCGAUGACAGCAUGGGCAUUGGACUCAGCCGUACCCUCUCAUCGUCGACGUCCUCCUCCUCGCUGUCGCUCUCCAGGAUCUCUCGGGGCAACCCUCAGAGCCCGCCCAGAUCGAGCUCGCUGAGGCAGUCCGAGUCGACCGCUGCCAACCCGAUGCGCAACGGCUCGCUGCGUCGGGCCGCUUCGAUCCGACGCAAGGCAUUCACACCUCAGCCUGGCGCUGGCCCGACGCAGGCACCUCUGGCCGGCCUUGCAGCCCAUGGCGAGCAUCAGUUCGAGCCCGCGGCAGAGGUCAACGAACGCGCUCCGAGUUUCGAAACCACCUCUUCGAACUCGACGAGGCGGCCCGCCACCUCGGACGCGGCCACAGCGUCGACGCGCCCGGUCUCGGAUGUCUCGAUCAACAGCUUCCUGCAGGGCGCCGAGUUCAGCCAUAUCCUGGGAGCCUACGCCGACCGCUUCCGCUGGGACGAGGACGGCCUCUAUGGCUUUGACGAGUCGGCAGAGACCGAGGACGAGCUCUCGCAGGCGGUCAAGACGGCGCAGGACGGAAGCGCAGCAAUCGUUCACGCCAACGGCCGCCCCAUCGCCGAGGUCGAGAAGGAGACGGGCCCGAACACGACCCACCUCGUCCUCCGCGACUGUUCGGACCCGAACGUGCUGGAGGUGCUGGAGCGGGUCCUACCCUCGACGCAGAGGCUGCUGGUGCUCGACGUCUCGGGUUGCAAGCUCGACAGCCUGCCGCUCGCGCUCGGCAACUGCCUGGGCCUCGAAGAGCUCGACGUUUCUCGCAACCCGCUCGGCGAGGUUCCUGACUUCGUCUCGAACCUUCGGGCGCUCCGCGUCCUGUCGGCCGACAACGCCGGCCUGCGCGCGCUGCCGCAGAGCCUAAGCAGGCUGCAGGAGUUGCAGUGCCUUGGGCUGCGCAACAACCUUCUCACCCACCUUCCGAACUGGCUGCAUCGCCUCGGCAAGCUCGAUCGCCUGAUGCUCGAAGGCAACGCCUUCAAGGGCGUCUGGCACGACGUGGUGUCGCCCAUCCUCGCCUCGGCCGGUAAAGAUCGCGCCCCGGAGACCGAGACGCAUCCUGCCCGCUCUUCGUCCGGUCUGCCGCAUCCACCCGGGCCCGCGUCUCCGACGUCGCGCUCCCUGUCGGCUCGUCGGCUUCGCAGCAUCGGCGACUUCCACAAGGCGCACUGGGCAUCAGACACCUCGACUCCCACUUCGCCCGAGGACGAGUCGACCGCGCCGUCGAGCGCAGUCUCGCCGACGUCCGGAGGGGGCAGCCGCUUGCCGUUCAGCAGCUCGGCUGCAGACGUCAACGACGGCAUGUCGCAGUUUGGCGCGCUCUCGGAGACGUCGUCGACGCCCGGCUCGCGCCCAGACAGCCGCCGGGGCUCGGAGGCGUUUGAGGACGCACACGGCGGACCGGGCAAGUGGGGUUUCCUCAAGAAGAUUGGCCGCAAGGCCUCGAGCUCGAGGCUCGGCGUCAUGUACACCGACCACAUCGCCGCUGGCUCCGAGAGCCGCACCCUGUCGCCCAAGCCCUCGCGCGCCACCCUGCGCAACUCGGGCGGAGCUCCCACUCGCCCGCGGUCCCGCAGCGGCUCCUCUUCGGCCCUCGGCUUCCGUGGCUCCAUGUCCCCGCCCCCGCUGCCGCCCGCUAAGCUGGUCACCCUGGCCGAGUCGGGCCUUCAAAUCCCCACUCAGGUGCCCAUGACGCCGUUUUCGCCGGCUUUUCCGCCAAGCUCGACAGCCACGCCCGCCGCGCCUGCGGCCGACGGCGUCGCGUCGCUGGCGGCGACGUCCAGGCAAGCCAGGAGACGGAGCUUCCUGCCCGUCCACGGUCUCGAGGCCAUCGCGAACGCUUCGUCGACUGCUGCGACUUCGGCAGAGGCGGUCGAGGAGCUCGACGCUGCGGCUCUAGCCCGACACCGUCAACGUCUGCGUGCCCUGAUGCACUACCUCCGCGACCUUGAGGAUCUGACCACGGUACGGCCGGUGCCGGCAAAUGGCAGUCCGGUGCUCAGGGAACAGGCUAGCCUGACCGACGCCUCUUCCGCAGACAGCGUUCCAUCGCCCAUGACCAGGAACUCGAGCAUAGCAAGCGGCGACUCGUCGGCCUCGAGCAUGCUCUUCCGGUCGUCUGCUAGUCUGGCAUCGACCUCGGCCUCGACACCUUCGGCGGAAGACGGCGCCCAGAGGCGUUCUGCGUCUUCAUCGGAGGAUGCCAUGCUGGACCUCAACGUCAAGGACGAUUCGGUCCGACGCAUGCGCAUCAUCGACGAGAUCGUCCGGACCGAGGAGACCUACGUGCGAGGACUCCAGGAGCUGGUCGAGAUCUACGUCAAGCCUGCCCAGCUACCCGCUGACGGGCAAGGAGGCGCGCCGGUCGUGCCGCAGUCGGAGCAAAGGGCCGUGUUCGGCAACGUCGAGGCCAUCCUGCGCUUCCACGCUGAGGUCUUUCUCCCGGCUCUGCGUUCCGCCGCUCGCCCGCUCCUCGAUGGCAAGCUCGACCACACGGCCGACGGCAGCUCGGACUUCACCGCCGCGGUGGCUGAGAGCGUGGCGAGCGUCUUCACCCACCACGCCGCCUUCUUCAAGAUGUACAUGAGCUACAUCAACAGCUGCGAUUCGGCCCAGAUGCGGAUCAACGUGUGGAUGGCGCCGACGUCGGUGAUCAACGCCGCCUCGGCCUUCAAGUCCAACAGCCUUGGCGUCCAGCACGCCGCGGGAGGCGGCGGUUCGAGCCUGGCCGGCACGCCGCUCGGCUACGACUUUGGUCUGACGCCCACCCAGCGCAAGAAGAUCAAGGCGUUCAUGAAGCGCUGCCGCACGCAUCCGCGCCACUCGCAGCUCAACGUCGAGAGCUACCUCCUGCUGCCGGUGCAGAGGAUCCCGCGCUACCGCCUGCUGAUCGAGGACCUUGUCCGCAGCACCGACCCUUCGCGCCUGCGGUCGCCCGACGCCCUCUCGAGCGCGCUCGAUCACGUGUCGAGGAUCGCAUCCAACGUCAACGAGAGCAAGCGCCAGUCGGAGCAGGACCGGAGGCUGUUGGCGUGGCAGUACCGGAUCAGGGGCGCAUUCGACAGCCCGCUCGUCCAGCCACACCGCCGCUUGGUCAAGGAUGGGCCUCUGCGACUGCGGAGGGUCGUCAAGCGGGUGCCUGGCUUCAUCCGCCAGGCCCUCCCGUGCGCGACAGGCUCCGAAGCGGCGCAGCCGAGAUCAGGUGACUCUGCUCAGGUGAUGCAGGUCGACCACCUGACGCAGUCGAGCCAGAACCUGGCGCUGACGGUGCUGCUGUGCAACGACGUCGUCGUGCUCGUGAACGACCCCUCGGGCGGACGGGACGCGUCAUCGCCGGUCAGCCUGUACGCGAUGCUUCGCCUCGAGAAGCCCGUCGAGAUUGUCGGCGGACUGAAUCUCAGGCUCGUCGAUCGCAAGGGCAUCAUCUACCUGUCCGCCGGAUCUUCAGACGAAGCGAUCGCCUGGAAGACGGCGCUCAACGCCCAGCUUCCUUGA